AUGGCAUCAGGUGUAGAAGCUCCUCUGAAAAGUAUUUAUCAUAUUCCUCAUCAACAAACUCCUCUUACAAAUGGCGUCAGUCCUGCUGUCACUCUUACAGUUCGUCUCAUUAUGCAAGGAAAGGAAGUCGGAAGUAUUAUUGGAAAGAAAGGAGACAAUAUAAAGAAGUUUCGAGAAGAGAGUGGGGCUAAAAUAAAUAUAUCAGAUGGUUCAUCACCAGAAAGGAUCGUCACUGUCACUGGUUGCACAGAAUCAAUUCUGAAGGCUUUCUCAUUAGUUGCUCAAAAGUUUGAAGAUGAUUUACAAGCUAGUGUUACUGGAACUAAUGUUCCAAAACCUCCAGUUACACUUCGCCUCAUUGUUCCUGCUAGUCAAUGUGGAUCACUUAUUGGAAAAGGAGGUUCAAAAAUCAAAGAUAUUAGAGAGGCCACUGGUGCAUCUAUUCAAGUAGCUAGUGAUAUGCUUCCAAAUUCUACUGAAAGAGCUGUUACUAUAUCUGGUACAGCCGAAGCUUUGACCAAAUGCAUCUACCAAAUUUGUUGUGUUAUGAUGGAGUCACCUCCUAAAGGAGCAACAAUUCCUUACCGACCAAAACAAACUGUCAUGCCAUUACUUUUCUCUGGUGGUCAAGCAUUUGCGCUACCAGGACAGUAUGCACUUCCUCAUCCUGACCUGAGCAAGCUACAACAUCUGGCAACCCUUCAGCAUGCCUCCACUGCACCCCUCUUGCCUGGGCACACAACGUCACCUCAAGCAUGGGCCUCCUUAGCUGCAGCAAACAGUGUUCGGAAUUUGAGCAGGGCAGCUUCCGUGGCUCCCACUUCCACUUCUGAGAUGAGCAUUUCAAAUGAACUCAUUGGAUGUAUUAUUGGAAAAGGAGGAACUAAAAUAAAUGAAAUUAGGCAAAUAUCUGGAGCAAUUGUGAAAGUUUCCAAUACUGAAGAAGGCUCAAAAGAUAGAACAGUUACAAUUACAGGAAGCCCAGCAGCAGUCAAUUGUGCUCAAUAUCUUAUUAAUGCAAGUAUUGAAAGACACAAAACUCUGGAUCCCAAACAAGUUCCCACCAAUGCAGCCGCAGUCAGUUUUGCUCCAUCAUUGGCAGCUACUCCUUUGAGCCCCUUGGCGGCCGCUUCCCUAGGGCAGCUGAUGAAAACGACCCCUUCGCCCUUGUCACUGGGCCUCGCUCCGGCUUUCCUGCGAGGGUCGGCCGCGGCCCUCUUUGCCGCAAAUUUCAAACAAUUUCAGGCGAAAAACCUUUCUUACAAGUUGAGAGCUUCUUCCGUGACCACCGGAGGCCUCAAGAAGGAGGACAGGAACAAGUUUUCUCCCUAUUGAUGCACCUGCAGCUGUUUUCACAUUACUUGUUUGGAACAAUGUGCCAAGACAGUUCCUGCAGAACUCUACAGGGUAGCCACUGUGCUCACUGCAUCAACUUUGUGGCUCUUUGGUUAUUCAAAGUUUCAGAACUUGUACUUAAUGUGUGUGUAAGUACACAUGCCCGUGUUAUGUGUCAUUUCAUGUAUAUAGAUAUACAGUGGACUUUUUUGGUUCAUAUUUCCAGGGACCACGUUGUUUAACCAUGUUGCUUUAGUAUGCUUAUUUCUGUAUGUGUGUAAUUUUAGCUAAUGUGAGAAAAAAAGAAAAACUAUGUUUCUCUGAAAAUUUUGGUUUAAGGUACUUAAAACUCUGUUCUAAAAGAUUGCAUUGAGAGUAAAAAUUUUGCUGUUAGAACAUAUUUAGAUCAAUUCCUGCAGAAAUUUUAUUUAUGUAUGCAUAGUAUAUAACAUGCAGCAAAAUGUUGAAUAUCUAAAGCAGUUGAGUGUUCCACAUGCUUGGA